UCUCUACUCCGUGUUUUCUCGCAGCGCGUUCUUUUUGUCCAAACCGUCCACUGUAGUUCAUGCGUCAGUGGCGUUCAAGAUGGCGGCCACCUUGACGAGAGGUUUGCUCAGACCCCUGUCAGUUUUAGGCAGAGGCCGUCUCACCCCUGCUGUCAGACUGACUCAGACUGCUCGCUUCUCAGCUGUAGUGCAGAGACAUGUCAGUAGACCUCUACUUCCGGUUCACUCUGCUCCCGCACAACACACUGGCCUGCUGAGUCGCGUAACUCCCCUCAUCCCUUCAUUGAUGCUCCAGCCAGUCAGGAACUUAACUUACUACAGUCUGAGGAAAGGCAAGAGGAAGUCUGUGAAGUCGGUGGUUCAAAGGUUUCUCAGGCUCCACUGUGGUCUGUGGGUGAGGAGAAAGGCGGGAUAUAAGAAAAAGCUGUGGAAGAAGUCAGCAGCCCGGAAGAAGCGGCUGAGAGAACAUGUGUUCUGUAAUAAAACUCAGUGUAAAUUGCUGGACAAAAUGACAACAUCCUUUUGGAAAAGAAGGAACUGGUUCCUCAACGACCCGUACCAGAAGUACCAUGAUAGAGUGAACCUGAAGGUGUAAAACCCUCCUAACCUUAUUCUUUUCAAUUUGCUAGCCAAUAAAGACGUUUCUGAUCCGUG